UCUAAUUAACACAUUUGUGACGUAAUUUCUAAGACUUCAAACCGGCUCCUUCAGAUGACGUUCUAUGUCGCUAUCUGAUAUGAUGGGACGGUCCCGUCAUUCCGUUCAGCAAGCGAUGGAGCGCACGAGGAAAAACAUCGCUCACCACCGAAGGCGUUUUAAACUGAAUUGUACAGCAUGGAUAUGUUGUGUUUUCAUCCUGAACGCGUCCACGGGGUCUUCCGCUCAAACGCGUCAGUGUACAGAGGCGGACUACUACUUUCAGUACACGGAGUGUAACAGCACGGGGUCCAGAUGGAGGGUGGCCAUCCCUCUGAUUCCAGGAGAAUGUACCGGACUGCCAGACCCUGUGAAGGGCACCGACUGCUCAUUCUCGUGCAAGGCAGGGGAGUUUCUAGAGAUGUCUGCUCAGGAGUGCAUAAAGUGUGCGGCUGGCACUUACUCCCUGGGCAGUGGCCUACGUUUCGAUGAGUGGAACAACAUCCCUCCUGGAUUCAGCAGCCUAGCAACCUCCCCUAAUGACUCGCCCAACCGACAGCAUGCUUCUACCUGCAAGAGUGCAAAGUGGGUUGCUCAGGGCUCGUAUCUGGAGUCCAACAGAGAUGAUUGUACUGUGUCUCUGAUCUACACUGUUCGCUUAAAGAAGCCGGGGUCAGUGUCCUUUGACUACCAGUAUGUGGAUAACAGCAUCAUCUUUGAAUUCUUUAUUCAGAACGACCAGUGUCAAGAGAUGGAUCAGGAUUCAAAUAAAAAAUGGAUCAAAUUGACAACUCAUGGACAGUGGGGAACACAUAGUGUUAACCUGAAAUCUGGCUCUAAUAUCCUGUACUGGAGAACUACUGGAGUCACACUCGGCUCUAAAGCAGUCAAACCAAUACUCCUGAAGAACAUACGGAUAGAAGGUGUUGCGUACACCUCAGAGUGUUUUCCAUGUAAGCCUGGGACUUUUAGUCACACCCCAGGCUCCUCCUCCUGUGCGCCCUGUCCACGGGACACAUACUCUGGCCGAGGGGCCAGCUCCUGCACACCUUGCAACACGAAAACGCACUAUGCCUUAGAAGGUUCUGCCAUGUGCAAAAGUAAACCUCCAUGCUCAAAGAAAGACUACAUCCAGACCUACAGCACCUGUGAUAAGGAUGGAAAGACUAAGGUCCUGUAUAAGUGGCUAGAGCCUCGGAUUUGUUUGGAGGCUGCUGCAGGUGCAGUAAAACUGCCACCUUCUGGUCAGCGUAAGCCAUGUCCACCCUGUAAUCCCGGUUUCUAUAACAACCACACCGCCACCUGUUCUCCCUGCCCACCCGGGACUUACUCUGAUGGAGUCAAAGCAUGCCAGUCUUGUCCAGCUGGCACGGAGCCUGUCCUCGGGUAUGAGUACAAGUGGUGGAACGUGCUGCCUGCCAACAUGAAGUCAUCCUGCUUCAACGUGGCCAACAACAAUUGUGAUGGCUUGAAUGGUUGGGAAGUAGCGGGUGAUCACUUACAAUCAGGAUCAGCUCGUUCAGAUAAUGAUUAUCUCAUAUUAACUCUCGUAGUGCCUGGAUUCAAGUUGCCCAUGUCUGUUCAAGGAACAUCUGGCAGUGAGUAUGGACGGAUCACUUUCGAAUUUGAAACUAGCUGUACAGCUGACUGUGAGUUUUACUUUAUGACGGAUGUGAAGAAAAGAAGCACAAAUGUAGUUGAAUCAUGGGAUGGAAGUAAAACCAAACAGAGUUACACAUACGUCAUAACUGAAAACGCCUCCGUUGUGUUUACCUGGGCUUUCCAACGCACCAGUCAGGCUAGUGAUGUGCGUCGUUAUGCAAAUGACAUAGUGAAGAUUUACUCUGUGUCUGUCACCAAUGCCAUGGACGGGGUGGCGUCAGCGUGCCGUGCGUGUGCCCUGAAGUCUAAGCAGGCUGGCUCCUCCUGUGUGUCCUGUCCAGCUGGACACUACAUUGAUAAAAAGACCAACCUGUGCCAAAAAUGCCCUCCCAACACCGUCCUGUCUGGGCAGAACGUCUACGGCAAAGAAGCGUGUCAGCUAUGUGGGCCGGGCAGCAAAAUCAACAAGGAGCAGAGUUUGUGUUUCAGCGACUGUUUGUUCAAAUACACUCACCAGAAUCAGACUCUUCAGUACGACUUCAGUGCUUUGACAUCUGCUGUGUCCAUCAUGAAUGGGCCCAGCUUCACUGCGAAAGGCUCAAAAUACUACCAACUCUUCAAUAUCAGCCUGUGUGGUGCUAAGGGUCACAGGGCUGCAGUCUGCAGAGAUAAUAUCACAGAUCUACCCAAUGAGGAUGCUAAAGGUGGUCAGCUGGGCAGUUCAGUGGAGGGUUUUCUCUGUCAGUCAACGAUUAUUCCUUCAGAUGGGCGGGGCUUACGGACGGCCCUUUCCUCUCAGUCCAUUAGCCUGGCUGACACUUUUCAGGGAGCCACAGUGGAGAAAUCACUUAACGGAAUAACUGCCAGACCAGAACUAUUUCCAUCUCCACCCAAGAGAAUUCCAGAUGUUCACUUCUUCUAUCGAUCUCCACAGGUCACAACCUCAUGUAAGAAAGGCAGAAAUGCUGUGGUUUCAUUGCGCUGUAACCUGGAGAAAACUGCGAGGGGAGACAUAUCCGUGCCCAGUAAGUGUCCUGCUGGCACCUGUGACGGGUGCUCAUUCUACUUCCUGUGGGAGAGCUCCAGUGCUUGUCCACGCUGCACUAAUGUCGACUAUCAUACCAUUGAAGGAGCCUGUAAGGGAGGGGUGCAGGACACGGUGUAUAUGUGGACUGAACCUCGGCUCUGUGCUGGUGGACUGACUCUCCCGCUGAAGAGAACGUCUCCAUGUGAGGUGGUUGAUAUCUGGCUGAAGGUGGUCUCUGGGCUUGGAGUGUUAUUUGCUGCUCUGCUUGUUUCUUUGACCUGUUACUUUUGGAAGAAAAACAAAAAACUGGAGUAUAAAUAUUCCAAACUCGUGAUGACGGCCAAUAAGGAGUGCGAGUUGCCGGUGGCGGACAGCUGUGCCAUUAUGGAAGGAGAAGGGGAGGAGAAUGAGGAAGAGGAUGAAGUGGUUUAUGCCAACAAGACUUCUCUUUUGGCUAAGCUAAAAGCUAUCACUACCAAGGUUAGCGAAACCAAAGGCAACAAGAAGAGCGACGAAGCCGUCCAACUGAAAUUCUCCAAUACAGAGAAGUCUGUGUGGGGAUAGACGAAGAGUGAAGAGGGGUAAGGAAAAGAAAGAGAUGAAUGGAAGUUCCUUUCUCUUUGAUAUCAUAUGCAGUGGCCUUUAAAAAAAAA